CCUUUGGGCCAACGGGGAUCCUGUAGAGGCUAAUUUCCCUGUUGUCAAAAACAGAUUUAAAUCCUCAGCACUUGGGCACCUCGACAGUUUAAACCCAAUAAAGUUGUAAUUUGCGAUGGACUAACCCGUUCCUGCCGGAGCGUUAGAAGAUGGACGGGACGACGCUGCGCUGCAGACGGUGUCGGAGGACCGUCAUCGACUCUACGUGUUUGUUAACGGCAGCAGAUGAAAGUCCAGCUGCUGGCUGCAGUAUUUGGCACAUUGAUGCUGACAAUCUUCCAGAGUGGAUCCUGAGCUCGGUUCAGCAGGCUCUGUGGACUGCAGGGAAGCUGACCUGCCAUCACUGCGGGGCCCGUUUGGGCGGCUUCAGCUUCCUCGGUCGCUCCGACUGUCCGUGCGGCCGCGGCGCCGCCGUCCAUCUCAGCAAAAGCCGGGUUGACCUGGACCACAGGCGCCGCGUCCUCCUGGUCCAGCCGCGGCGCUCUGAGACGGGACAGGCUCAUCUGUUGGCGGACCUUUCUGAAAGAAGAGAGGAGGCUUCUCUGGACGGUUCCCGGCUCGCCCGCCUUCCUCGUUUGGCGCCCGUGGAUCCACCCGGUGCCGGUGGGAUCUCGCAGCGUGGCGCCGCCGGCCUCGCAGACACGCCGGAGUCGGGUUCCUCUGUUAGACAUUCAGCAGAACUUCAGUCGGACUCAGAUGGCGAGGCAUGGAGUGAUGUUCUCCCCUGGGUUCCUGACAUUUCUGGAGGACCGUCGUUGUCUGUGGAGCUUCAGCAAACUGGGGACGUUUGUCUCAGAAGGAGACACACCUCUGAAAGAGGAGCUGGACAGGAGGAGGAGGAGGAAGAGGAGGAGGAGGAGGAGGACCGAGCGCUAUCGAGCCUCUCGGCCCGGAUCAGACGGAGCAAACGAGAUAAGAACCGUCUGAAGAGUCUGAGGAGGAAGCAGAGGAGGAGGGAGAGAUGGCUGCAGAGCCAGAUGAAGGAGGACGAGAGCGACAGCGGCGCAGACUCGCCUCUGGACUCUGUGGACGUGGACAGAGACGGUCUGUCCUGCUCCGUGUGUCUGGACGUCUUCUUCAGCCCGUACGCCUGUCGGCCCUGCGCUCACGUCUUCUGCGAGCCGUGUCUGCGGACGCUGGCCAAGAACCGGGCCGCCGACACGCCCUGCCCGCUGUGCCGCCGCGUCAUCUCCCACUGCAGCCUCCACAGAGAGCUCGACCAGACGACAAAGACUCGGUUCCCGAAGGUUUGGGCCAGGCGCCGGCAGAACUUCCAGAACGCCCCGUGUGCUCGUUGGCCCCUGCCCGGCUCCAGGGAACACUCGCGCUUCUUUUGGGUUAAUCGGCGAAGCGCUGCGACCGCGUGGAGACGCUGGCGCUUCACCCCGGGGGCUUUUAGCUUCAAUGUGCUGGGCCUGCCUCAGCACACCUUCUUCCACAUGGACACCAUUUUACUCAUCUUUGCUUUAAAGUUACUCUGUUGCCUCUCCGUCUUGCUAUGCAAAUACAUCUUUUGAGAUUUGGUUUUCUGCA